AUGAUGGAUGGUUUAAUACUAUUUCGUCGACCUAGGAAAAUUCCUAAGUCGAAAUUAUCAGAAAAUAAUUAUUAUGUUUAUAAACCGAGAAAAACAAAGAUUUCUCUCACAAAAAAGAACUCAUCUUCAAAUAAUCAUUUAUCUAUUUCAAAAGGUAUUGUAUUUUCUUCGAUUGGAACGAAAUUAAAUUACAUGAAUAAAAAUAAAAAUAAGCGACAUGGUGAUGUUACAAAUUUUAUAAACAAUGGAUUUGAUUGUCUUUUUAUAAAAGGUAGUAUAUUCAAUAAAACAUUUAAUGAAAAAGAAAAUUCUUCUGGUUCUCAUAAUAAUAAUAAUAAUAAUAAUAAUAAUAAUAAUAAUAAUAAUAAUAAUAAUAAUGAAUAUCAAUAUCCAAUCGAAAUUUGUAAUCAUUUUCAAAUAUCGGAUCAUACACAAACAAAACAUAAUUUACAACAAUUAAAUUCUACUAUUACCACUGGGUUAUUUUCAAAAAAUAAUUUUAAUGAUAUUUUGAAAAUUAUUCCUAAACCAAUAAAACGAACACCAUUAUAUCAUAGUUUAUUAUUAAUAGCUCGUGAAUUAAGAAAUGUUUUAAUUAGAACUAUUAAUACAGAUAUAAUAUGUUCCAUUGAAAAGAUACCAAGAAACUUUCAACAAUCAUUAAAUCAAUAUCAAAUGAUUUCAUAUGAAGAUAAUACAAUGAAAUGGAUAAAAUUUCAAAAGAAUUUAAAGUCUAAUGAGUUGAAUGAAACAACAUAUGUAAAACCUGAACAAGUCAAAUUGUUGGAUUCAUACUACUCAGGAGGCAAUUCGGUUUCUUUGGAAGCCUGUCAGUUGAAGUAUUUACCAGAUUUAUCUGCAUUUUAUGUGACGCUAAGAUUCCUCAAUCUUUCUAGGAAUUACUUAGAGGACCUUCCAAAUGAUUUUUGUUCAUUAAACAAUUUGGAAUUUUUAUCAUUACGUUCUAAUCCUUUACAUAAAGUGCCUGAAUCAAUUGUCAAAUUAAAACAAUUAAAAUCAUUGAAUUUAUCUUAUUGUUUAAUUGAAAAUUUAACUUAUGAAUUCUAUGAUCUAAAAUCAUUAGAACAACUGGAUCUAUCCUAUAAUCGUCUUGUACACCUUGAUAGUCGAAUAAAAAAUUUAGAGCAUUUAAAAGUUUUGAAACUUAGUGGUAACGAUUUAACUGGUAUUCCUCCUGGUCUUCUAUGUCUAUGUGAAAAAGCUUUGGAAAGUCUAAACUUAAAUGAUAAUCCAUUAUUAUGUUUAUUUCCAAAAGAGUUUAAAAACAACUCUUCAGUUGAAAUACAAUCUUUAAGAGUAUUAGCUAGUUUACAAAUGAGAGAUCUACUCAAUAAAAUCAAUAUACAAAAUCAAGAAACUUUCAGAAAGAAGCCAGAACAGUAUAUAUUGAUUACUAAUUCAGAGGAGAACAAUGCGAAAUUCUUUGAGUUUCGGAAAGUUUCUGACAAGGAAGAAUCAACUAUGUCAAAUAAGUUGUUGAGUCCCACUGGUUCUUGUUGCUGGUGUGGGAUGGAUAGAUACGAUCAAAAGAAUACAAUAUGUAUUCAUUGUGUUGAUGUAUUCAACUAUUCAACGGUUCCAAUAUGUAUGUUAUGCUGUGGAAUUCAAUGUGUAACGGAAGUUAAACAGUGUAGUACAUCUGAACAAUUUGCAAAACGAUAUUAUCAAGGCUAUGAAAACUAUACAAAUAGAUAA